UUCAGUGAAAUUUUCAUAAAACUUCGUUAAAUCCCAUAUAUACAGGAAAAAAUGUUUCCAAGAUAUCGAUUCAUAAGCCCGCUUUGUAAUAAAAAAAAGGCUAUUAGCAUAGUUCAAGAAGCUGAUGUAAAAUCAAAAUGUAGUAGCUCCGAAUCUGAUGAUUUGGAAGAUAUUUAUAAGAGAAGGCCAAGUUUUGAAAAUUAUGAAUAUCCUAAUGAUUACUGGAAACUUAUGAAAUCAGUAAAAUAUUUUAGUUAUGAUAGACCUUUGCUCACAACACUUGCGCUGAUUACUUCAUACGACUGUGAUUUUCAAGAUCCUGUUAUGUUAAAAUGUUUGAGUCACUACAAAGUAAUAGAAAUUUUGCUCAAUGUUUUACACAGUGACGAAAAAAGACUUCAGUUCAUGGCUUUAAAAUUUUUAAGAAAGCUAUCAAAAAUCAGAAUGCUGCGUCAUGAAAUUGUCUAUCUUGGUGGUAUUCAGUCAGUGGUUAAACUUUUAUCUGAGCCGCAAACUGACAUAAGACAAGCGGCAACUGAAACUAUUACAUGCAUUGCUGAUUUCCAUAAAGCAUGGAGAACAGUCCAACUUUCUGGAGGCAUCCCACUUCUUGUUAACAUGAUCUAUCUUCCUAAACAUUUACUUUAUGAGAAAUCAGAAGUUUUAAGUGACCAUCUAACUGGAAUCAUAAAUGCUGCUGAAGCAGCAGCGGGAGCACUAUUUGAAGUUUGUAACUGCCGUAAAAAUCGAAUCGAGCUUUUAUCCAGUGGUGCAUUACGGGGUUGUCAGAAUAUUCUUAAAACUCCACAUGUCCAAUUAGCAACAAUUAUAAUGCAACUUAUUCAACGAUGUGCUACUUAUAAAUGCGUUCGUUUGGCUAUACGAAAUUUAGGAAUGCUAGAAGAUUUUCGCAGUCAUUUUUAUAGUGAGGAUCAAGGACUAAUGCAAGCAGCAGCACAAGCGGCUUUUACCUGUGCAGAAGGAGAUGAAUCAAGACAAUUUUUUGGCAAAGCUGGAUUUGUGGAUAAACUUUUUGAAAUAAUUCAAACGUCUUCAUUCCAUACAGAUCACAGAAUGAUGGCUUCCAUAUCAGGGGCUUUAUGGAAAUGCGCAGAAAAUGAAGCAAAUGUCUUGCGGCUACAAGCAUUGAAUGCUUCGCCAUUGUUAAUUCAACUUUUGGCUUCACAGCCAGUCGACGUUCAGGAGCAUUUAGUGGCAUGUCUCUGCUGCUGUAUGACAAAUCCUCAAACCCGAAACACGGUUCGAAAGAAUAAUGGCAUUGAGAUGCUAAUUGGACGUCUUCAUACUACAGCUCCAAAACUGAUAAUGUAUUUAAACAGAGCUUUAGGCAUUGUUUCACGUGAUACUGAAUGUUUAGCGCUCUUAGAGAAGCAUAAUGCAUUGCGACUAAUAUGGUCUCACCUUAAAAAUGACAACCCAUCUGUUGUGUCAAAUACAGCAUGGCAAUUAGCAGCUAUUUUAAAAAAUAUUGAAAAUUCGGCAAUGUAUGUUCGAUCAUUGGUGGGGGGAGUUCAACUCCUAACAGAACUUCUGAACUCUAAACAUACACGCGUACUCACGCCUAUUUGUGCUCUCAUCAUUGUCUUAUCGAAAGAGCCACAAAAUCUUCGAAUUUUAUCGGAUUAUCAUAUAGUUAAAUCCCUUUCAAAGCUAACUCAAACUAAAUGCAAACGCUUGCGAUAUCAUCUAUGUAUGGCAAUAACUGCUUGUUGUCCCUACAGAAAUAACAGACAGGAAUUUGCAAAACAGCAAAUAGUAUUUCCAUUAAUAAAAAUGCUGCAAAGUAGAGAUUCAGUAGUAACAGGAGCUGCUACUCACGCUCUUUCUCAGUUGUCAAUUAUUCCUAAGUGGUGUGCUGUUAUGUAUAAUAGUCCGAGAGUAUACGAAAUCUUGCUCGAACAAAUGAAAAGUAAAGAUCAUGAUGUUCAGGAAUGUGCAGCUGAGAUCAUUCAGAAAAUGCGUUUAUUUGCACUCAAUCGUGAUGGAAAUAUUCCAUUAUGGUUGUUAGAAAAACAUAGUCAGUUUUUUUCAAAACAGUUAUAAAAUGGGACCUUUAAAUAUUUUUCUUC